UCAGGCUGAUAAUUCUCGGAAAUUGCGGUUGCCAGUUUCAUCGGUGUGCCCUCGCUCAAACAGGCACAGUGUUUGGGCUACUGGAUAUUAAUCCGUGACUAGCUGAGGUGUAAGUGUAGCAAGGUGGUUGUGCACUGGAAGAAGAAAUGUUAUGCGGAAAAAAGUGAAGGAUUAUGGCUGGGUCUCUUGUAACAGGAAAGAAGAAGAUUACACAGAAUGACUUGAGACGUAUAAUGAUUGAAGAGAAACGCAAGAUCUCAAAAACAGUUAAGAAGAUAGAUUCUCCAUUAGCUAAAUACAAUGACAGCGGACAGCUGUUAUGCACAGUGUGUGAAUCAGUAGUCCGCAGUGAAGCAAUAUGGAAGGUCCAUAUCAAUAGCAAGAAACAUCGUGAAAACUUUGCUGAUGCCAAGAGGAGAAGAGAAGAAACAGUGAAUUUUGUGUGUCCUUCAGUUCCAAAACUCAAGAGACCAGCACAGACUGAAGAGACCCCACCCCCUAAAAAACUCAAAGGAAUUCUAAAAAAUGCACCACAGCCGAAAGUGCCAGAAGACUUUUUCGAUUUGGGAAAUCAUGCAACUGUAGAAGAAGUUAAUCGGAAUGAGGAUACUGUAAUGGAAGAUGGAGAGUAUCCAUCAGACGAUGAUUCUGAACCACCACCUGAGACCACCAAAACAGUUGCAUCAAGUCAAGAAGAGGUCCUUCCAGAAGGUUUUUUUGAUGACCCCCUGCUGGAUGCCAAGGCACGCAAUGUGGAAUACAAAGACCCAAUUGAAGAGGAAUGGGAGAAAUUUCAGAAAGAAAUGAAGGAAGAGGCCACAGUAUCUGCACAGAUCAUUGCUGAAGAUCAGGAAGAAGCCACAGCAGAAAGGCAAAUCGAUGAGAUUGAUGAACAGAUGCGGAAUUGGUCCAGAGUGCUAGACCUGGUGAUUGAGAAAGAAGCAGUAGUGAAAGCUGUGAAUAGAAGAAACAAUGCUGGUGACGAUGACCUUGAAGCGUCUAGUGCAGAUGAAGCUGAAUUUGAUGAGUACCUAGACUGGAGAGCCAAGAAGUCAUAUAAAUAAUAAAUUUAUGGAAGUCAUGUCCCACAGAAGAAAUAAGCCAUUGCAAAGUGAAAGACAUUUGUUUCAUAUUGUAGAUUUAAAAGACACAUAAUACAUUUUCUGGUGUUAUGUCGUGUAAAUUUUUGUUAAAAUACUAAGAUUGUACAGUAACUGUAUUAUAAACGAGUUUUUUGUUUUCUAAGCCAAAAAGUAAUCUCAAGAAA